AAUACCGCUUUCAUAAUGAAUGAAGGUUGCACUAAAAGGGUUAAAAACCCAUGCAUGGUUUGCAAGCGCCAAGUUACGGCCAAAACGGGCCUGCAGUGCCAAGGGUCUUGCAAAUCUUGGAUCCAUUUCACUUGCUGCAGCUACACCCCUGGAAAAAUUAAAGAUAUCAAGGCCAAAGUUAUUAAAGUUCGAUGUCCAUGCCCAGAAUGUUCUACACCAGGAGCGAAAGAAGUUGUCAUGAAGAACAACAGCUUCACAUGCGUUAACAAAACCUGUCCCAUAAACAUGCCGCCCUCAUCUAAGGAUGGCAAACAGAAUAAAAUUAACCAGCAACCCUCGCCAUGUACAUUCUCAUGUAAGGAGUGGCCGGGUGUUGCGUGUAGCGGCAAAACCUGCAGUGAAAAUACGCAAGAAGAAUGCUGCCCUCCUCUGGUCGCGCAUCCUAUUCCGUGCCCACCGCCGACACUGUCUCCGCCGCAGGUGCCGGCGCCGUGUAUUCCAGCGCCGAAGUACUCUCCGCCACCCGCAUUUUCGCCGGCGGCGAAGACAUGUCCACCGCCGAAGCCAUGUCCAACCAUGCAGCAGAAUAAGACACCUCCGAUCCGAUCCGAGCCAGUAACGCCGCCCCGUUCGAACCCUCCGUCUCCGUCACCAGGUCGACGUAUAUCACCUGCAUCUACCCCGGUGAUGCCUUCUAUAAGUCUCGUGGAAAACAUGUGCGAGACCGUCGGGCUGUUAAGUGACCAGCUUAAUCAGUUGAUGAGUAAGAUGACAGAUGUACUAAACCCGAGUACCAACUCGCAACAGGAUCCGACCCCGUGUCGUUGCCCAAAAAAUCCUGCAGGAGACAAUAAGAGAGGAUGUAGAUGAUAGAUUUCUUUGAGGCAGUCAGUAUUUAGUUCGAAUUUUUUUACGGGUGGUAUGCCACUUGUCCAAGUUCUUUGUCCAAUGUCAGUACGUCUCACUUUCUCAUUAAGCAAAAUAUGAGACGCAAUAGAUAUUGGACAGAUGGAAUACCACCCUACGGCAUGUAUGGCAUUUGGCACACUUGGCCAAAUGAAGAACCCUUAUUUUUG